AUGGAGGCCAGACCAUAUAUUGGUCCGCUGAAUGACGAAGUCAUGCAGGUUAACUUCUUUCUUCAUGCGAGCCGCAUACACAUCAAGGUGCCCUACGAUCAAGUAUCUGUGGAGACAUCAAGAAUUCACAGGCUAUUUCAGCAGCUAGGCCAUGUUCUCACCCAAUUGUACGAAAACCCGGGGGAGACUGCCCUGGGGAAAGUGAGCAGCGUCACUGCAGAGGACAUUAACGACAUGGCGGAGUGGAACAUGGGUUCUCGCAAAUCCUAUGUCUUGGAUUCCAUCAAUACUAGCUUUGAGCGGCAGUGCCACUGGAUCCUGACUGGCCGAGGUGAGCGUCGGGUGUACAUCGUGAAGGACGCUGGAAGCCGCUUGGCUCUCACGAAUGUGGUCAGAUUCAUAGACGACCAUCCGGAACUUACGGUAAUUAAUGUCAGCGAGAUGGUAUGGGCGCCGCAGACGGAGCCCAAGAGCAAUUUCGCGCAUACUGUCACGCCCGCGCACGCCGCUUAUGCGUUCUAUACUUCGGGCUCAACUGGGCUGCCUAAGGGAUGUAUCAUCGAACAUGGUGCAUUCGUGGCCUCAACAUUAGAGCGGGUGAAGGCCCUCGGUCGUAAUAGAAGCUCUCGUAUGCUUCAAGCGACAACUUAUACUUUCGAUCCUGCAAUGGAGGACAUCCUGACCACACUCCCCGUUGGCGGCUGUGUCUGUGUUCCCAGUAAGCAGGAAUAUAUGAACAACCUCAGCGGAGCAAUUUGCAAGUACAAAGCCAGCACAUUGAACAUUACACCCAGCUUUGUCCGGUCUCUGCGUCCGGAGCAGGUGCCCUCGUUGAAGACGUUGAUCCUAGGAGGCGAGAAGAUGAACGACCGGAUCUUGGAAACUUGGGCAGGGGCAGUGUCACUGCUCAACGCAUACGGUCUUAUGGAAUGUUGCAUCAAGAGUACAAUAAACCGUGUUAGUGCCGAUGCAGAUCCACGCAACAUCGGUUAUCCCGCCGGCUGCUCCAUCUGGCUAACCCGGCCUCAUGAUCACGAUACGCUGGCAGCUAUCGGCACGGUCGGAGAGAUUCUAAUCCAGGGCCCGAAUCUCGCGCGUGAAUAUCUUAAUCGACCAGAGCUAACCGCACAAUCGUUUCCUCAGAAUCUGCGCUGGGCAUCCCAAGCUGGACUAGGCAGCGACACACGAUUCUACAAGACAGGAGACCUAGCGCGUUUCAAUCCAGAUGGCUCGAUUUGUCUUCUUGGCAGAAAGGACAAUCAAGUCAAGAUACAUGGGCAACGUAUCGAGCUGGGAGAAAUUGACUAUCAUCUGCGCCAGAGUUUCCCCGCUGAGGCCGAAGCGAUUGCCGGUGUGGCAACCGGUGUUCUGGCGCUUCUCGAGGAUCCAGCUCAGGUGCACCAGCUGCAAACAAGUGCAGUCGAACGACUAUCGAGGGUACUGCCGACUUACAUGGUACCAUCGGUCUUUUUGCCCAUCCAAAGCUUCCUCUACUUCUCUAAUAGCAAGACAUCUCGACGAGGCAUGUGCGAACAAGCCACAAAUAUGUUUCUGGAGACCAUUCUGAAGAAGUUGGGCCGGGUGGGCCAUGAAACCCAUGACAAUUCCUCAUGGUCUGCGGAUGCGCUGGCUCUCCGCCAACUUUGGGCGACAGCACUCUGCCUGGAUACGAAGAUGAUCGGAGUCGAAGACAAUUUCUCCUGUCUGGGAGGCGAUUCAUUGGCGGCCAUCGAGCUGGCGCGCUUGUGUCGAUCCCAGAACGUCGAUCUAACCGUCGACGACAUCAUGCGAUGCCCAACCAUUCUCACUCACUUGGAAGACAAGCACGACCGCCGAGCGAAUGGCGGGACUGCUCAAACAGCCCCCUUCGCGCUGUUGGAGAAGAGUACAGAUAUAAGCAAGCUGUGCGAAGAGGUCUCGAAGCCGUGUCAAGUUGACGUGGGCUCACCUACACCGGGAAAGGGUGUAGCACAUUCAUUCUCACCAGAGGAGAUAAAUGAGCCAGGAGCAUCAGCCCAACUGGCCGAUGUCAUCGCCACAUUUGUUGAAUGA